CAGGCAGCCUCCCUAUAAGAACGGCGGCUCAUUCACCCUUUUGUCCAUCCGUGUAUUCUCACUUUCUCAGCGAGUGGCUACCAACGCAGCUCCGAUCCCCCUUGGUCGUCAGCUAGCUCUCCUGCCAGCGCCACCAUGUCGGGUAACAUUGCCUUCGGCCGGUUCGAUGACUCCUUCAGCGCGGCCUCCCUAAAGGCCUACGUGGCCGAGUUCAUCUCCACCCUCGUCUUCGUCUUCGCCGGCGUCGGUUCCGCCAUCGCAUACACCAAGUUGACGGGUGGCGCGCCGCUUGACCCCGCCGGGCUGAUCGCCGUGGCGGUGUGCCAUGGGUUCGGACUGUUCGUCGCGGUUGCCAUCGGCGCCAACAUCUCUGGCGGCCACGUCAACCCCGCCGUUACCUUCGGCCUCGCCCUCGGCGGCCAGAUCACCAUCCUCACCGGCAUCUUCUACUGGAUCGCCCAGCUCCUCGGUGCCAUCGUCGGUGCCGUCCUCGUUCAGUACUCUACCGGUGUGGCGACCCCGACCCACGGCCUGUCCGGCAUCGGCGCGUUCGAGGGCGUCGUGAUGGAGAUCAUCGUCACCUUCGGCCUCGUCUACACUGUGUACGCCACCGCGGCUGACCCGAAGAAGGGCUCCCUCGGCACCAUCGCUCCCAUCGCCAUCGGCUUCAUCGUCGGCGCCAACAUCCUCGUAGCCGGGCCCUUCUCCGGCGGGUCCAUGAACCCGGCUCGCUCCUUCGGCCCCGCCGUGGCCAGCGGCGACUUCACCAACAUCUGGAUCUACUGGGUCGGCCCGCUCGUCGGCGGCGGCCUCGCUGGCAUCGUGUACCGGUACAUCUACAUGUGCGGCGACCACGCCCCCGUCGCCAGCAGCGGCUUCUAAGUGCCCUGCCUCUGCCUCAGCCGUCGCCGUCCCCGGUUCCUCUUCCUCAAUCAUAGUGUUGAGACAGCAUGAAGUGACGGUUAGGCUGCGAUGAACUCGCAGCAUUUGUUUGGUUCAGGUGAAAGGCCCCAAGGCAGUGUGCGCUUGGAUGAUUGGUCCAUGGUUCUCAAUUAUUUGUUCCUUCUUUUGUAUCGUGGUGAGUGUGAAGUUAGUUGGUUUUAAGAACCAGUGACUUCGUUGAAUAAUUUCAAAUAAUUUAAUUCAGCUUGUUCCUUCUGCGGUCUGUUUAGUUUUUUU